CCAGCGUUGAAUGGACGAAAAGCGAACUUGGACGAAAGUGCAACACGUUCAUCGCGGACGGGUUACUCGGACAAAACUUAUUCAUCAGUACUAUCUCAAGUAAAACCUGAUUCAUAAUGACAUCUGAGUGGGUUCGUAUUUUCGGCGCUGUGGCGUUACCGUUCACUGGUGGACUUUUAGGAGCCAGGAUAACCGGUGACAAAAACUCUGACAACAUGAAAUGGUACAGGGGACUGAAGAGGGUAGCUUGGAACCCACCAGAGUGGGUAUUCGGACCUGUGUGGACCUACUUGUAUGGAACGAUGGGAUAUGCAUCCUACCUUGUGUGGAGAGAUGGCGGUGGGUUUGAUGGAGCAAUGGUACCCCUUGGUAUGUAUGGUACAUCCCUUGCCCUGAACUGGCUGUGGACACCAAUCUUCUUUAAGUUUCAUCUCAAGGGACUGGCCGUCAUUGAGAUCCUGAUGUACCUAGGAGCAACAGGAGCCACUGCGUACAUGUUCUGGCCGAUCAGUCAGACUGCUAGUAAGCUUCUCUUCCCACUGCUCGGAUGGAUCAGCUUAGCGUCUAGUCUAACUAUUGGCGUCUGGUUCAAGAAUAAAGACAAAGACGCUUAGAGUUGUGCUCCGUUGACAUUCCGUUAUUUCAUACCAACAGUAAGGCCUUUCUUUGUGGGUGGGAUCAACUCGAAUCUAGAAUCAAUCAGAUACAAUAGUUUUAAUAAAUAUGGACCAUGUGACCUGUGACAUCACAUGUUUACAAAAAGUCACAGAACCUGGUCUUCCUGAAGGCAUGAUUUCAACACAGCUCAAAUGAAAAAAAAUGUUUAAAGAUAAGAUUUUUGCGAAGCUUACAUCAUCUGAUGUAUUAAAGGGGUCCUGUUGCAAAACUUGUUCAGACUUUGAAUUUGACAAAUUUUGAUUGUAUGUGGUAAUAAUGUUUGUGGGAAAAUUCUAUAAGUACAGAGUAGUAACUUGACUACCAGGAAAUGCUCUGACAUGUUAUGUUGCACUGCUCUGCUGGAGUCAAAAUGUUCAGGCCAUUGACUUUUUUUUUUUGCAUUUACACCAAAGGUCCUUCUGGUUGGUCAGCAGUUUGCAGCAGCCAAUUUUUUCGGUUGCACUUGUUGUAAAUAAGGUAACAUGGUCUAAAGGAACGGUCAAAGUAUCAUCAUUGGCUGACAGGCCUGAUAAUUCUUGGAUGCAAUGGAGGCGAUUGCCUCCAUGCCCCCUCGUUGCCCAUGAAAUGCUUCAGUAGAAUUUUACAAUUUUCUCAUAGGG